UUCCUCUUCUCAUUCCGAGCAUUCUUCGCAUCUCUGUCAGUGCGCGAAGCGAUUCACCUACACCUUCCUGGCUGGCCCAGAAACACCAGAAUAACUUGACAUAGUAAAAAAAAAUACCCCGUAACAUCCCAUUACUCAAAAAAGGGACAUUUUUAUAUGAGAUAUCAAUAACGAGUUGGCUCAGCCGGGAGUUGUUGGGAGAUUUCACCGGAGCAUUUUCGGACCACCUCGAAGAAGAAAGCACGGUGGAGAGAGACUUGUUGCUUCAACACGUUUUGACGGCGCUUUAAAAAAAAAAAAUCGCCAUCGAAGUUUUGUGUCUCUCCCUAGUCUGCUCCAGGCGUCAGCUUGGAGAGCCCAACCGCCACAAUUGAUCCCAGCAGCUGGAGCGGUAGCGAGAGCCCUGCCGAGGACAUGGAGAGGAUGAGCGACUCGACAGACAAGCCCAUAGACAAUGAUGCCGAGGGGGUGUGGAGCCCUGAUAUUGAACAGAGCUUCCAGGAGGCCCUGGCCAUAUAUCCUCCUUGUGGACGCAGGAAGAUCAUCCUCUCUGAUGAGGGAAAGAUGUAUGGUCGAAAUGAACUGAUAGCCAGAUACAUCAAGCUCCGGACCGGGAAGACGAGGACUCGCAAGCAGGUGUCUAGUCACAUACAGGUCUUAGCAAGAAAGAAAGUUCGAGAAAUCCAAGCUGCCAUUAAGGUACGUCUGGCUUUGCCCAGUUGCAGGGGGCUUUUCAUUGCCAUGGUUACAGGCUCUUCCUUUGUUUUCCUCCCCUCCCCUACCCCGCAGGUGUCUAGUCACAUUCAGGUUCUUGCCAGAAGGAAAUCUCGUGAGUUUCAUUCCAAGCUAAAGGUUACAAGUAUGGACCAAGCCGUGAAGGACAAAGCCCUCCAGAGCAUGGCCUCCAUGUCCUCGGCUCAGAUCGUCUCUGCCACAGCUAUUCACAACAAGCUGGGCCUGCCAGGCAUCCCGCGCCCAGCCUUCCCUGGAGCAGGGUUAUGGCAGGGCAUGAUAUCAGCUGGUCAGCCAGGAUCUUCACAGGAUAUUAAGCCUUUUACCCAGCAAGCAUAUCCCAUCCAGCCUGUUACAACAGCCAUUUCAAGUUACGAGCCCACAGCAGCUCCGGCUCCCACGGCACCAGCAUGGCAGGGCCGCUCCAUCGGAACAUCCAAACUCCGACUGGUGGAGUUCUCUGCCUUCCUAGAGCAACAAAGAGACCCAGACUCAUACAACAAGCACCUAUUUGUACAUAUCGGACAGACAAAUCAUUCCUACAGUGACGCCCUGCUGGAGUCAGUGGACAUUCGCCAGAUUUAUGACAAAUUCCCAGAGAAGAAAGGAGGGCUGAAGGAGCUGUAUGGAAAAGGUCCCCAGAAUUCCUUCUUCCUUAUAAAAUUCUGGGCCGACUUGAACUGCAACAUCCAAGAUGAUACUGGAUCUUUCUACGGAGUCACGAGUCAGUACGAGAGCUCGGAGAACAUGACCAUUACGUGUUCAACAAAGGUCUGCUCCUUUGGCAAGCAGGUGGUCGAGAAAGUUGAGACUGAAUAUGCACGGUUUGAGAACGGACGCUUUGUGUACCGUAUAAGCCGGUCUCCGAUGUGUGAAUACAUGAUCAACUUCAUACACAAACUAAAACAUCUGCCAGAGAAAUAUAUGAUGAACAGCGUGCUGGAGAACUUCACAAUCUUAUUGGUGGUGACGAACAGGGACACCCAGGAGACGCUGUUAUGUAUGGCGUGUGUGUUUGAGGUUUCAAACAGUGAGCACGGCGCCCAGCAUCAUAUCUACAGACUGGUAAAGGAAUGAGAGGCUCUGAGCUUCUCCUCUUCCCUAAUUCUCCCUCUCUUUUCAUGGACUUACCAACCUCAAGACAAGUGGCAGUGCCUCUACCUGAAAGUCACACCUACAAUGCUUUUUGGUCAUGGUAUCAGGUGAAGUCAGUUGUUAAAAAUUUGUUUUAAUAUAAAGUGUUCGUUAUUUGACUGCAGCUGUGAAUUGCGGUACAGUUGUUUUAUGUUUAAAUAUGGGAAUUCUCGUUUUAAAGUAUGUUGAGUCGGUCUCUGUUGGGUAUAAAUGUGGCCGUUUUUUAGGAAUUUAAUAGAUUCAUUUGGUAAAUGGAAAUAUGCGUGUCGUCUUCUUCUGCUUUGUCAUGUAGACUAAGAAAAAAAAGGAUGCUGGCCUUUUGUUGCAGUGGCCUGACGUGGUAUGUGUAAUAUGUUUGAGUAUGUUUCGUGUGUCUGUAGUUCAUAAGCGUACAUUACUGUAGAUAUACAGACAUGCACCCACAGCCAAUAGAUUUUCCAAAGAAACUAAACUAACACAACACUACAUAGACAGUUGGACGGUGGUUGUGUAUAUUACAAAAUUACUGCUAUUUCUUUAAAGAAAACUUUCAGUAGUAUAUUUAUUAUCCCUGUUGAAGCACUCCGAGUCUUAGACACUAACAACAGAAUGAAUGCACUGUGAAAAACAAACAUUUUGCCUACAUCUGCUCCAUAAAUGUAGGAUGUCUUACCAUCUGCUAAACAUUUCUGUGCUGCAAACAUGUCUUUUCUCAACUGAUAGGAGAAGUUUUAGGUUUAAAAGUACUGCGAAAAUGACUCAAACCGGACUCCCGUCUUGUCCAAAAGCACUUUGUUCCCCUUCCUGGACUUGCCUUAGUGAUGCUACUUUUUUUUCUGUUAGAUCUGUGGUUUUAGAACAACACUUUAAAUAAUCUCAACACUAUAAAUCGUGUAGACAGCAGGCCUUGUUCAGUGUGCUGUGGCUUUGCCCCCCUGAAAGACUCUCAGAAUAUCGUUCCCCUCUGGGAGAAAACUCCAAACCAGAGUGUCGCUGCCUUCACACUACGUUCACAUGUUUCUGUGGCCUACGCCGAUCCCGAGCCUUAAACAUGAUAUAGCUGUGAGAACUCCAAAAGAUGCCACUUAAACUGUGAUCUCUACGCGGGAAGACUCUAUAUGUUUGCGUUAUUGUGUGAGAAACACACAAUACUAUCUGCCAAAGUGUAGAUGUACAGUGCCUUAGAAUACACUCUAACAUUACCCUUUGCUUUGUUUUAAGUCUAAAAUUGGUUUUGUGGAUCAAACAGGCAAAAAUAACUCACCGCUAUAUUACUUGGUGCAUUGUCACAUCUGAGAAAUUAUGUUUAGUAUAAUUGGUACACUCCUAUAAAUACAGUUUUUGUUAUUGUUGUGAAGAGGCAGUGCACUUAUGUUAAAUUAAGUUCGCAAAUUUAAGCUCAGAAACUGUUACCAACAGGCUUAUUUUUCGCUGUAAUGUGUUCCUAAAAUAUCAUCCUUUUUUCUCAGAGUGUACUAUAAACACAGACUGACUGCCUUUCCUGUCGUAAAAGACCAAAAAUACAGAGAUACAGUCAAUCUUUUUUCCUUCAUGGUAGCAAGGAAGUGCCUUUGGUUUUAAAUUUUUCAGCUUCAAAAAGAUCAAAUUAAAAAUUAAAUGUUGCUAGACCAAAAAACGAGACAUAGGCUAAGUGAAACCAAUCACCACAUUGCCUUUUUUUAAAGGAUUGUAAUGACAGCAGGAGAAAAACUGGUUACAGGUUAAAUAAAUGAAUGAUAUAUUAAUUUUUAUCACAUUGUAAAUUGAUUUCACAAAUGAUGUAUCUGGAGAAUUUCUUUGCUUGAGGUCAAAGACUAAGAGACCUGCUGAUAACGUACAGCCUCUGACUGCACGCAGGAUGUCAGUUCGUAUGAACGCCGCAGCUGUCUGCUUUGUGCACACUUGCAGGUUCAAGUGUUUUUUUUUUUUAAAACGUAAUGUUUUUGGAAACAUGGUUUUCUCUUUCCUGCGACCAAACACUCGCGUGAUGUGAAAACCACAGUAAACAACACAACAUUACCUUUGAUGAUGCAGACAUAGCUGUGAUGUCAACGAGGGACCGACACGAGCUUUUAUAAUUUAUCUUUCAGGACGAAAAGUGAAAGUUUAUUUAAUAGUAAUUCUAAGCCACAAAUAGAAACAGCUGUUUUAAUGUGGUAGAAUCUAAAACUCUGUUUGAGGUGCCGUUUCAGAAACUAAUUUUUUACAACUGCUCGAGUGGACGAGGCCGUCGAGGUUAAUACUUUUCACCGUGAGGACCAUAGCUACUCAAACAUUUACUGUUUCUUACAAAAAAAUAUAAUUAUCUAAAGUAUUUUAAUGGAAGAAGCUCUAAAUAAUUGCAGACAAUGUCUCUGGUGGAUGCAGAUAAAGUUCAAUCAUUCAGUAUUUUGCCACAGUCCUGUGGACGCUGUGGAGUUUUAAUAGGCUUUUUUUAUGUUUACCCUGUGUAUCUGUUCACAUUUAUUGAUUACUUAGUGACAAGUUUUCUUAUUGUACUUGUAUACAGUUGUACUUGGUUUUGUGAUGACAUUGUCUGUAUAUUGCAAGCCCAAUAAGAUGGUAAUGAUGUUGCUGCUGCACUGCUGGUACAUUUUGACAUGUCAUUUCAAAUCUAUAACAGCAGGACUGAUGCCUUCGAUGGCACGAAUGUCUGGUGGACCAUUUGAAGAGAAAAUGGACACAUUAAAAAAAAGAGUUGAGGAAUCAUGCUACAAACAUAUCAGCAGUUUAGCUCUUGUUAUUUGUAAUUCUGUCAAAAGAGUAGGUACUGGUACCUGUUUGUUUUAUGACUUUUUUUUUCAGAUGGUGGCUUUAAAGUGAUUUUUCACACAGCUCACAUUUAGUUGUCAUACACACAUUUGGGUUUUGUGUGCAGACUUUUUUUGUAAAAAGGUGCUUUGUACAAAAUUAUAUAUCUUAGCUUUUCUUGGUACAAAUGUGUGAUAUCUUUUCGUAUCCAUGACAGCAAAGUGUUGGAGCAAAGGAGAGAAAAGAAGCUCUGCUAUGUUUCUGUGUUUCUGCAUAUGGUCUUGUCUUUGCUCCGUAACAUUAUGAUGCCUUCUUGAUAAUAGUAGAUAUUUUGUAGCUUUCUAGAUACUUUGUAUGUAUGCAAUAUUGAAGUUAAAUAAAUCUAAAAAUAUA